UCAUGUCGUUCGUUGCUGUGGUCGUGGUGAUAGCCUGACUGGAUUUCUCAACCCUUCGCAGCCAGUUCCUAGGCUGAAUGCACCCUUAAAUGCUUGUGUAUAGGCUCUCAGACCCUUUGGAAACAUCUGAAUUCAGCAAGGCCAAGUUCGUUCUUCAAACGAGCUCUUCAAGACCGAUUUAGACGGUCAAACCCCACAACGUAAGGUCUAAAUCGGUCAAACCCCACAACGUAGAUAUCAGGCGUCGGCAUGUCUUUCUACACCCUCGGUGCACAUGCCCGCCAAGCGCAUGCCUCUCCCUCGAUCAGCUUAGAGAAAGGAGCCUAUCGAAUGCGUGCGCCUAGGAAACGCAACGUUCCAGCACCUCUCAAUCUGGACCCCACCGUGACGUCGCAGUCGUCAUCAUCGACUACUUCAACGUCGCAUGGAAUAGAACGAUAUCUAUUCAUCCUUGUCUUCCUGUUGGUUUUGGCGGUGUUUUCGUGUUUCGGAGUUGCUUAUUAUCUCUUCACUACUAGUCCCCGCGUUGCGUAACAUGGACCACAUUUCGUUGGCUCACCGCGUUCUUGCCGCUUUGCUAUUCAUCUUUCCACUGCACAUUUAUAAUACCCCUGCUAGUCACAUACCAUCCUGCAUACAAAUAAAUAUCUUGCUGUUAU